UCUUUUUGUGAGAAGAAGAGAAUUGAUGAACUUGCACAUCACAUGCAGCAUGGAAGCAAGACGGUUCCUUGUUGUAGCCAGCCUCUGCUGGUGGCCCUGUUGCUCUCAGCUGCAGGGGCUAUAGUUGGAGUUGAGGAGGAGUGGGGAGAAGGACUGAAGGUACUGAGAACGUAUGUCCCUGGGCAGUGCGAGGUCAGAGCACAGAACGUGACGUCGUCCACUAUCACUAAUGUCGGGAGACUGACAACGGGACAGAGUUCGGAAAGAGUUUUGACUACAACUCACCGUACAUUGUGGCACUUGGUCGAGGAAGGAUCAUAGCUGGCAUGGACCGUGGACUGGUGGACACGUGUCUCUGGGAGAGACGGAGGAUAACCAUCCCUCCCCACCUCGGCUACGGGGCGUCGGGAGUGGGCGCCGUCAUCCCUCCCCAUGCCACCCUCGUGUUCUACAUCAGACUCAUCAAGAUUGAGAGGGGUGGAAUCCAGUUACAGAAAGACGUGAGCCUUGAGGACCUGUGGCUGGCUGGGAUGGAGGCCUACCGUACCAACGAAUGGCAGACUGUCAUUGACCAACUGGAGGAGGCCAUUCGCGCCUUUGAUGCCUACCAGAAUGCUACCCUUCUCUGUUUACAGCAGUGCAGUCAGAAUGGCCCUCCACAGCUAUCAGACAAAGACAAGGAGACAAUGAAAAAAUACGCUGGAGGAACUGAGGAUCAUCUCUUUCUCCAGUUCCUCACGUACGCCGCGAAGGCCAGGUGUGUCCGGGAAUGCAAGGCAGAGGCCCUGACGCCCAACCAGCGAUACCCAGACCCCGAGAUCCUGGUCAGGCUCAAGAACAGAGACCCCUACUCCUUCCUCCACUUCGCCUACUACCAGCUGGGUGACUUUAAGGAGGGAGCAAAGUGUUUCUUCACCUUCAUGUUCCACAACAUGAACAGCGACCUGAUACCUGGCAACGACCGCUUCUAUCGCAAAACCCUGGAAUGGGGACGGAUGAUUAUUGAGUGUAACAUUAAGUGGGUGUGGUCCACCUGCGGCCGCCUCUCUGCAGGUCUGAAGGCCUACGACCAGGAGAAUUUCCUGGAGACGGUGGACCUGAUCGAGUCAUCCCUCCCGCUGUACCGAGAGGCCCUGGAUCGCUGCCUUCUCCUCUGCGAGGACAUGCUGGUCAUGAACACCACUGAACCUGACAUGAGCGACGGAAUGAGGGAGAUACUUGAUUACUACAAACCCGCUCUGGCACCCGACACACUCGACUAUCACUCUGUCCUCACCUUUGCCGUGAGAGAGCUCCUAGAGUGCAGGGUGCGUUGCCACGACGAUGUUGCAAGGGUGAGGGGAGAGGUGCUGGGCGAAUAUCUUCCUCAUCACUUCCACUACCUUCAGUUUUCUUACUAUAAAUUGGGGCAGCUGCUGAAGGCGGCAGAGUGUGCAGCCACCUACCUCAGCAUGGCUCCCAGCGAUGAGGUCAUGUUGCAUAACAUACGCUACUUCACCAACAAUUACAAGCUGCGGUCGGAGGACUUCGUGCCCAGAGAAGAGUACGUCGCCAUUGUGGAGAAACUGGCGACAGAGAAGAGACUGCUCCACUUCGCGGCUCACGGGGAGCCCCUGAAGAAACAGGGCCGACGAGGCGACUGGGAGCCAAAACAAAAACACGAAGAGCUCUGACACAAUAGUGUACACUUGUCUCCUGGAGGUCACGCCGUACAUGAAUGGAUGGUUUUUGCACAAUUGUAUAGGUAUGCCUUCAACGAUGGCAAUCAUAGGACCAUAUCCUUCUACAGAGCUAUUGUUUACCCAUGUCAUGCUGCCCGCCACUUUCACAUUGAUAGUGUAAAGUUUCCUUUGAGUAUGUUAAUAUACUCAGUAGCAUAAUUCCAUGAAUCAUUGUGUAUAUAUAAAAAUGACUAUUAUGAAUCGGUAUGUGACUGAUAGCAUGAAGCCUGGGGGAAUGCACAGCUACAUGGUUGCGUCAUUAUUUGUUCAGGAUAGCUCAAAUAUUUGUAUGCGCUGGUUGCCCUCGUCGGCAAUCAAAAUCUCUCCCUGGGGUGUCACGCACACAUGCCGUGGAGUCAGAAAUUCGCCCUCCCCGCUGCCCUUCUUCCCGAGGUAGGUAAGGAAGACCCCCGCCGAGGAGAACAGACACACCUGCGAGGUCCCAGUGUCUGUCACGACAAUGUACCCCUCCCGGGUGACAGCCACUCCGUACGGUGACUCCAGGAUAAUGUCCGACCCAAUCUGUUGGUACUCCACCACGUCUUUCGUGUGGACCACCCGCCACACGCAGUGGCUGUGAUGGUCCGCCACCACCAGCCCUCCGUCAGACGUGGUGGCAAUCCCGACCGGGUGUUUCAGGACGGCCUGACUCUGCUGCCCACAGUUCAGGACACCCUUGAGCUUCCCGUUGGCCUGCACGAUGUGGAUGCAGCUCUUCUGCCAGUCCGAUAUGUAGAUCGAGUCACCCAACACUGCCAUACCCCACGGCUGGUUGACCUUGCACGACUUGUGCAACUUGUUGGUGAACGCAUUGUCAAAGACCCCAUUCUUGAAACGGUAGACAGACUUCUUUCCUUCCUUGUCGAGAAUGUACAGGUUGUUUUCGGUGUCUGUCGUGAGGCACACUGGACCGUAGAUCUGCUCCUGGCUCUGAGGGCCGGUGAUUGUGUCCAUCACUUUCCCGCUGCGAGUGAUGACUUUGACACAGUGGCUGUGGAUGUCACUCACUAUGACUGCGUCUGUUUCUCCCACGGCAAUGCCACAAGGCUUCAUGUUGCUGGACUGCUCGUCACAUGAAAUGAUGUGCUUCAACUUGACCUUGACCAUCCUCCUUGUGCUCCCUGCUGAGCGGCGAGUGAGAUACAUUUGUGGCGGUACCUUUCGGUCAUGGCGCCUGAAAGAGGCUGUUGCAAAUGGCUCUUCAUAGAUGGGGCUGUCGUCCUCGGUCACGCCGCUCUGUGUCCUUUCCUUUAUGGACUCCAGCGUCAACUGACUGUUGUGGUGAGCGCUUCUGUCGGGAGGCGAGGGAGAUUGUAUAGGGGUUACCCCUUUGAUCAAAACGUAGCCACUUUCGCUAAUGUUCUCAGUUUCUUCAGACAGACUGCCGAGGUCGUUGAAAUCGAUGGACGUUCCUUCAAAUGUAACGCUGAGUGGCCUCUCCACUUGUGCAAGUUGUGUGGACACGUCGUGGAUCUGCUUGUGGAUGAACUGGAGGGUGGAUAUCAGUCCAUGGGUGCUGGUAAGCAGGGCCACGUCCCCUGGCUGCUGCAGAGAGGCUCGCACUUGGUCCACGUAGCGUGACAGCAGCCCCACAUUCCGUCGCACCACCUCGUCUUUCUUGGUGAGGUCUGCAAUGGCCUUCAUGCUCUCGGCCUCCACUCUGUCUACCAGCUCCUUCUCCCUCUCCUCCAACAACUCCCUUGCCUGCUUGAAGAACUGCCUGAUGUGAUUACUGGACGCUGUCGUCUCGUUCACUACCACCUUCUUCAGCUCGCUUAUGUGGCCCGUGACCUCGCUCGCGGUGAACACGGCCUCGCAGCUCGGCUGCAUCAAGGCUCGGAGCCCCGCAGCCAUCCUGUCUUCGGCCUCCUGGGCGCUCCGCACCUGGUCAAUGUGGGACUUGUGCCCAGAGAGCAUGCAGUGACCGCACACCAGCGUCUUGCAUUCGACGCAGUAGAACUCCUGGGCGCUGCUGUGCUCCGAGCACAUGGACAGCUCCCUGGGCGGCAAUGCUCCGUUGUUCAGGUCUACGGAGGAGGUCCUCCGGCGACGGAUGAGGAGUCGGAUCUCUUCUCGAUUGGUGUCUGUCCACCCCGCGGCGUUCGCCUCUAGCAUUCUGUUGAGAGCGGUGCUCGUGCUCAGUUUCUCCGCGUCUCCACUGGAAACGUUGGUAGUCUCUCCGCACGUCGGACAGGAGUACACGACUUCGCUCCCCGCCGCUCGAGGCGGUUCCGCAGACUCACUGCCGCUGGAGGAGGUGCUCGCGUUGGCUCCGUUGCUUCCUCCUCCAGAUAUCUCGUAGACAAGGCUGCUGUCGCUGGGGAUCCGAGGGAGGACCCCGCGCCGCUUAGAGCUCAGCUGUCGCUGGAGGCAGGCCCGGCAGAACGAGUGGGCGCAGUCGAGUCUCUUGGGUUCGAGGACGACGCCCAGACACAGCUCGCAUACCAGCUCCUCCAGCACGCCGUCCGUCGCCUCCCCGCUCUCCGCUGCACUCGACAUCGCCGCUGUAUAUUAGCUAUAGCUGUAGUUUCGUCUUCCGUUUGGAGGACCGUCACAGUCUGUAUUAUAUCUGCAUGCAGAAUC